AUGUUGCAACUAGAAGAAGUUACAACUCACACCGAUAAGGACAAGUUAGAGGUGGAUACACUAAUAGCCGAAAAGCCGAAAAGUUCCUAUAAAGCUAUGAAAAUAAGCCGUAUUGUCCUACCGGUAACUCACUUAAAAACCCUUCAUCACCAUGCAUUGAAAGCUAAUGCCAAUUGGGACCCAUCCAUCCACUGGAUAAUAAAAGAAAAAUGCGACCUUUCACAGUUAAGGAGCCGGUUCAAUCAACUAACUACGUUGGUCAACCCUGGACGUCGGCCAGGUUGGUCAACCAUUGCUACAAAGAUUUCUGAACGAGAUAACUUCAAACAAGAGGAAAAUAUAUUUUGUCACAAGGCUGAAAGGCAUGGAGUUUCCUAUAAUGUUGGUUGA